GAACUCUAAUCAACUAGUUGUACCUGAAUGCCAUCGUUGCGUGGCUAACAUAAUCAAACACUCUUUAUUGCGAAUACAAGUUUAUUCAAAGUGUUCCUGCUCCUCCGUCCAUCCAAUCCCUCUUCCUCGUCUUUCGAAAACUACCCUUUGAGGAAUCAAGCCAAUGCCGAGUCUUUCAAAUGGCUCCUUACCAUGGAAUCAUCACGGCUGGGUUACGGAACAAUCGACGUCAUGCCCCGAAUUCCUUGCCAAUUCCGCCCUUACAUUACAAGGGUCCCGUCAAGCAUAUUGAAAGAACUUCACCUCCCGUGGUUCUUAGCCUUCCAAAUGGAAAUGAUGUACCAAUGCGGUCAAUUGAACUUGAACGUAGCCUACCGGGUAUUCACCAUCAAGCUCGUGAACGUGGCAAUCCGAGAAUAGAUUUCAUGGAAAUAUUUGGGGAUACAUUCGAACAUUUUGACGAUCAUGAAAAGCUUUCAGAGGCUGGGCAAUGGAUCUGUGCAGUGAUAAACGAUUCGGAACAAACGCAAUGUUAUCCAAAUCCAAUCGGGGUCUCACUCGGCGACAUGGAAAAUCCUCUGUUCUCUCGCAUUGAUAAUAUGCAUCAUUAUGGCCUGCUGGGAGACCUGCACAUGGAAAGUUUUGCAGCGCAACAAAUUUUGCACCUACUCCAGGCAAUAAGUGACAUAUUGCUAGAAGAUCGGAGACUUGGUGUCUACGAUGGAUUUCUGUUUUAUGAAUUCAUCAAAACAGCAUAUUGGCUUACGCCACUGAUUUCACAUGUCCUAGGAGGUGCCGGAGUACUGAUCUUGCUACGAGCGGUUGUGUUAAUGAGCGGUCAUGAUGUUGAUAUUAUUAAACGAUUCAUCGCUGCAACAUCAUGUCCCGACCAGCAAGAUCUAAUGAAGUUUGCACAAGAUUAUUGGGAAAUAGAAAAAAAGGAAUUGGGGAGACUCAUUCUUCUGAUAUUUGCAGGGGUCAUAUAGUUCUUCCCGCACAUCUGAUUUAUAGCGAGGUUUCCCACUAUCAUCCAAACUCUCCGGCGUCCAAAGCCACGUUUAUUUGCAUUUCGGUGUUGAAACCUGAAUCAUUGUCAACAAUUCUUACAAGGAAGCUGAAAUUUUCGAAAGAGGUUUGGGAAUAGUGUGAGGCAUUUCAUUGGUUGGUCCACUUUUCAAAGUUUUUAUGGAACAAUCACAACGUCUAGCUGUCGCGGUCUGAGAGUUCGAAGCCUUCUAGCCCCAGAAUGCGGCCACUUAUUUAGAAUUUUAGUAUUUAUGUCAACCUUCAUGCAGCAAGCCAAACAACCAGAACAAAUCAAAUUCA